AUGGGAUAUUAUGAUAUAGAUGACGUUUUAACAGAUGCUUGUGAAAUUCCAUGUAAAUUUAAGCAUGAUAUACCUGGAUUAGGUUAUCUAGAGAAUAAUCCUGGUAAACCUAUACGAAACAACUCAAAAUUGUUACUACCUCUAUGGUUGGCCAGAAUAUUGGCUAUUGUAGGCGAAGAUCCUGUACAGGAAGAUGGUACGAUGCUCGACGAUGCCGAAUCUAUACCAUUUGUUGAAUUGAUGACCCCAGACGCAUUCUCUGCUAAAGUUAUUAAUGCUAUAAAGGCAGACCCGGUAUCACUAGAUGUUCAUUCAAUUAGUCCCCAUUUUUUCGCAUUGGCCAUUAAAUGGAUUGCACUCUUUAACGAUAAGGAAUUGGCUGCUAUCGUCACUGAACUCAUGUUACAAAGAGCUCAAGAAAUCAAUAAUCAUGCAAGUAGUGUAACAAUAGAUGUAAAGCGACAGAUAGAUAUCACAGGUGAUAAUAGUACAGUUUAUUCAACAAAUGCUGGUAAUCUGGGUAACAACAAUAACAGUACAUUCUUGCUUACAUUGGACGAAUUUGAAAAAAGAGUCUACAAACAAGCUCAUGAAUCAUAUAAGGAUGCAAAAAGAUGGAUGUAUCACAAAUAA